AGUUUCGUGUGGACCAACACGUUUAGAUUGAGAACCAUAAUGGAGUACCACCACAGCACACAACUUCGUUUCUUAUAUUUGUAUUUAUUUGUUAACAACGUAUUUAUUGUAAUCCAGUCAAAAGAACAUGUGCUGCUUGAUAUGAAGGCUGCCGGAAGUGAGUUAGGUUGGUUAACCUGGCCGAAUGAAGAAGGGUGGGAGAUUGUCCAGACAGUGGUGAACGGCUCUCUAUUUUAUACCUACAGUGUGUGCAAUGUCGCAAGCGAUACUGAACAGGACAAUUGGCUUCGUACGACCUUCAUCCAGCGUAGGCCUGACGUUUCUCGUGUAUCAGUGGAGCUACGCUUCGUCGUCCGAGACUGCAACACAUUUGGUGGUUCUUCGCCAUCCUGUCGUGAGACUUUUGGCCUCUAUCUAGCUGAAACCGACACAGAUGUUGGCACAAAUUUUCGCAAGAGCCAGUUUAGAAAAGUAGCCACUGUAGCGCCAGAUGAAGUAACAGCUAAUCGUGGAGGGGGCAGAGCGGAUUUACGGGUAAACAUUGAGACGCGGAGCAUCGGGCCACUCUCUAGGAGGGGGUUUUACCUGGCUUUCCAAGAUCUAGGGGGCUGUGUUGCUCUCUUGGGGUUGAGGGUGUUUUACACCACCUGUCCGGCCACAAUGAGAAGCCUGGCCGCCUUUCCUGAGCAGGUGGCAGCGGGUGCGCUGGCGGAGGUGGAUGGCACCUGUGUGAAGGACGCAGUGGUGGUUGGAGAAGUUGCUCCGCGAAUGUACUGCACAGCUGAGGGAGAGUGGGUCGUUCCUGUGGGCCAAUGUCUCUGCCGAGCGGGGUACCAUGCUGUUGGAGAAAUAUGCAAAGCUUGUGAACCGGGUUACUACAAGAGCACAGAUUCCAGCCAGCUAUGUGAAGUGUGCCCAGAUAAAACCCAGAGCUCGAGUCUUGGAGCACUCCUGUGUCCCUGCUUGGAGGGUUUCUUCCGAGCCCCCACCGAUCCUAGCUCUGCUCCCUGCUCUGCCCUCCCUAGCCCACCUCGAGACAUAGUAUACACCCCUCUCCUGACAGCAGGGAGUUUGCAACUGGCCUGGCGCUCCCCGGUAGACACUGGCGGCAGAAGUGACAUCACCUAUAGUCUGGCGUGCGAGCGCUGUGAGAAUGGUCUGUGCUCAUCAUGUGGUGGGAGGGUGCAUUUUGAGCCUGCACAAACAGCCUUGAAAGACCCUGAGGUUGUGGUUAGUGAGCUGGAGCCUCACAUAAACUACACAUUUACAGUUGAAGCCCAGAGCGGCGUGUCCCAUUUCAGUCGAAAGAAAGCUACUGCUAGCAUCACAACAGUGCUUCACUUUACAGAUGGCCCCAGGGUGUUGUAUCUGAGAGUGGAAGAUCGAACAACCAGCAGUAUGACUUUAUCCUGGGUUGUGGACCACAAUGUGCAAAAUCACCACUCUCCCCGCUAUGAGCUCAUGUAUCGAAAGAAGGAGGAUCCGGGAGAGUUAGAUGUCACUACCUACACUGUUCUGGUUCUAGAGAAGAACUCGGUCCAGAUCAAUGACCUUUUACCUGGCACAAAGUAUGUGUUCCGUGUUCACACCCUUACAGCCGAAGGUCACCCCAGCAGCCACAAUGCGGAGCUUGAGUUUGAAACACUGGCUCUUGCUGAAUCUCAGACCCAAAACAGUUCCAUGGUCGUCAUGGGAGCCAUCGCUGGGGGCGGAGUCAUGUUGCUGCUUGUGGUGGUGAUUUUGCUGGUGCACAAAAGAAGGCUUAAUUCCCACGUCCGACGGAGAGUGGAUGGUGAUUACUUUUCAUGUCCAGAGAAACUCCUUCCUCUGAAGACCUACAUUGACCCCCACACAUACGAGGACCCCUGUGCGGCCGUCCUCAAGUUUGCUAGCGAGAUUCACCCCAGUUAUAUCAUCAAACAGAAGGUCAUUGGUGCAGGAGAGUUUGGUGAGGUGUUUCGUGGUUCUCUGAAGGCACCUGGGCGCUGUGAGGUUGCUGUCGCUAUAAAGACGCUGAAACCUGGCUACACGGAGAAGCAGAGGCAGGACUUCCUUAGUGAGGCCAGCAUCAUGGGCCAGUUUUCCCACAAGAACAUAAUCCGCCUGGAGGGUGUUGUGACCAAGUUCAAACACGGCAUGAUUAUUACAGAAUACAUGGAGAAUGGAGCUCUGGAUCAGUAUUUAAGGGAUCAUGAUGGGGACUUUUCUUCAUACCAGCUUGUGGGCAUGCUCAGUGGCAUUGCAGCAGGGAUGAAGUACCUCUCUGAUAUGAACUACGUCCAUAGAGACCUUGCAGCCCGCAACGUCCUAGUCAAUGGCAACUUGGAGUGUAAAGUCUCUGAUUUUGGACUGUCUCGAGUGCUGGAAGACUUUCCUGAAGGAAUCUACACAACCACGGGAGGCAAGAUUCCUAUUCGUUGGACAGCACCGGAGGCUAUAGCAUACAGGAAGUUUACGUCAGCCAGCGAUGUGUGGAGUUUUGGCAUAGUCAUGUGGGAGGUGAUAUCAUUUGGAGAGAGACCCUACUGGGACAUGAGCAAUCAUGAGGUGAUGAAAUCCAUAAAUGAGGGAUUCAGGUUGCCAGCACCGAUGGGUUGCCCAUCUGCGGUAAAUCAACUCAUGCUUCAGUGCUGGAUGCAGGAGCGCUCCAAACGACCACGCUUUGUUGACAUUGUCAACUUGCAUGAAAAGCUGCUUCAGAACCCAGAGUCUCUCUCGGCCAUCGCCAGUGUCGACCCACGAGUCUCUAUUCGUCUACCAAGCACAAGUGGUAAUGAUGGUGCCCCAUUCAGGUCAGUGGAUGAAUGGCUGGAAUCCAUAAAAAUGGCCCAAUACACAGACACCUUUGCCCGUGCUGGAAUUCAAACUAUGGAACAGGUGUUGUGCUUGAAAAUUGAGGACAUUAGGAACAUUGGAGUGUGCUUGCCGGGACAUCAAAAAAGAAUAGCUUACAGCAUUCUGGGCCUGCAAGACCCACCAGGGACCCUGGAUUUGUUUGCAGUGUGACUGACUAAAGCACCACUGUUCUGAAUAGACCAAGAGCAUGGCUUAGCUGGCCCAAAAUAAACUGGACUGAGCUGGCUGAGUAAAGCCCAGAUUGUCAUCCUCUGAUUUAAUGGACUCCCUUUGAGAAAUAAGAAGGAACACUUUACGGUUUUGAUAUUUUAUAUUUCUCCAAAAAAGCUUUUUAUAUAUUGUUAUACAUAAUUUUAUUUCAGAUUGACCCUUAUGGUUUUUGUGGUUCUAUUAUUAACUUAAGCCAUAUUGAUUAAGUACAUAAGUAAAUAGUGGAUGAUGGUCUGGUUUAAAACUGUAAACUGUUGUCCUCAGCUUUGAUGGUGCAAAAAAAUGGCAGAAGCUGGACAGUUUAAACAAGGGUACUAUCAAGUGCACAUGAUGGUAACCUUGAGGACCUCAGGUUAUUGUUUGACGUCUCAGUGGCCAUAUAUUACCAUAAGCCCACAUAUAUUUAAAAGAGUUGCCAAAUGUAAGUUGUUGAAUUUUUGACUUUUUUUUUUUUUAUGUAAGUUUGUACAGUUAAAAAUGUAAAGAUUUCGUAUGUGUCUUAUUUCGGUCAAAUCGUUGACAGGCAUCCCCCUGUUUUCAAUUUGGAAAUAACAUCUUAGGAUGUUUACAUGUUUAAUUUCAGCUCUUUUUAUUUAAUAUUUAUUUUUGUAUUUAUUUUCUGUGUUCGUAAAAAGAAUAAUGUACUGUGUAGUAUUAAAGUAUUUUGUAAGUCUCAUGAACUUGCGUCAUGUGUUUA